AUGGCUCAACAAGUUGGUCGAUCGGCGGCAACUGCAUCUCGUUAUGCUGGAGCGAAAAUUGAUUGGAGUCGUCUAUUCAAAUUAAGCGGUUCCAAUACAACAACUGUAUCUAAUCUUCAAGCUAAAUGGAGUCAAGCUGCUGCCAAAAUGAACACUUUAUCGGAUGGAUUACCUAAGAUUGAUUUCGAUUAUUAUCGAAAAAUGGUAUCAGAUCCAACACUUGUUGAUAAACUUCAAAAAGAAUAUGAAAAUGCGCAAAUUGCCUAUCCAAAAGAUACGGCUAAUCGUUUUAAAGAACUUGAAGAAUAUGCUAAAAGCGAAGAAAAACGUGCCCAAGAAUUUAUUAAAUUAGCCGAUGGUGAAGUAGAAAAAUUACGUAAAGAAUUUGAUCGAUGGGAUAAUGUACCUCCAGCUGAUGAAGUUACGUAUGAAUUAGCUUCUUUUUACAUGCCUGAAGCUGUCUAUCCUCGUGUUUGGAAUAAGGAUGAAUUUGAUAAAUUAAAAGAUAUUCAAUUUUUACCUUAUGAAAAACGAGAUUCAUUACGUUGGUGGGUCGAACAAGGUGGUGAAUUAUUACCACAUAAACAUGAAUGGGUUAUGCCAGAUGAAGCACUUGAUCCUAUUGAUGCCCCUCCACGACCGAAAACAGAACUUACUGAUCAAGGACAUGGCGACACCAAGAAAAUAACUGCUGGUGCUAAACAUUAA